CCGAGAAAGGAAGGCCGGGCCGAGCCGAGCAAGGCCGGGCCGAGCCGAGCGGCACCAUGCUGGGCAUGAUCAAGAACUCCCUGCUGAGCACGGUGGAGACGUGGCCCUACCGGGUGCUGAGCAAGGGCGAGCAGGAGCAGCUCGGCUACGAGGAGAGGGCGUGCGAGGGAGGGCGGUUUGCGGCGGUGGAGGUGUCGGGGAAGCCGUUCGACGAAGCCUCGAAGGAAGGGGUGCUCAAGCUCCUCAAGUACGUCGGGGGAACCAACGACAAGGGGGUUGGAAUGGGCAUGACUGCUCCUGUCUCCAUCACUGCUUUUCCUGCUGAAGAUGGCUCCUUACAGCAGAAAGUGAAGGUCUCUCUGCGGAUCCCGAGCCAGUUUCAAGCCAACCCUCCUUGUCCUAGCGAUGAAAGCAUUAAGAUUGAAGAGAGACAGGGGAUGACCAUUUAUUCCACGCAGUUUGGUGGCUAUGCCAAAGAGACGGAUUACGUGAACUAUGCUGCCAAGCUGAAGGCUGCUCUGGGGAGUGAAGCUGCAUACCGCAAGGAUUUCUACUUCUGCAAUGGUUAUGAUCCCCCUAUGAAGCCUUAUGGGCGACGCAAUGAGGUCUGGUUUGUGAAAGAGUGAGCAUCUGGCUCCCCAUGGUGCUGGCUUGCACUGAUAACCUCCCCUCGCUAUGUUCCUGUCCUCUUCAAAAUAAACUAAUCAUUUGGCAGAGGCAGAAAACCAUCAUUCCCUUCCUCCACACCUAUGCCUCAGUCUUUUAUGGACCAGCCACUUUAGAAGAACACUGCAGACCCCCUCGAUGGUCCUGCUCCUUCGUCCCAGACUAGGUCCUCAAGCACACAGACUCUUGUGAUCUCUCCAUGGCUUGCUCUUAUCUAUCUCCCUUGUGCUCCCGGAGUUCAAUGCUGAGACAGCCAAGAGUACUUAGUUAGCAAGAGAGGUGCCUGACAGGAGUCACGUCCAAGUGCUGGCAGAGUAUUAGUCUCACCUGAAGCAGGCAGGGGAACAUGACAGAAGUGCAUACAGGGACUUUUUUAUCUUCUUGAGCUUGCGGCAGCUGUAAAAUGCUGCUUUUAUCUGUGCCAUACCAGUCUAAAGGGACAUGGGCAUUGCUACCAACACAGCGCAGUGAAAAUAAGCAUCCUUUACAUUGCUGUCCUGCAUGCUAUGACUCAACGCUUGUCAUCUGCCUGAGAAAUGGCAUUUAGAGGAAGAUCCAGGUUUCUGUUUGCAGCUAUCCUUCUGUUUCAGGUGAGACAUUUUGGGGUGUGUUAUGUCCUGGUUUCAGCUAGCAGCUGGACAAUGUGACGUGGAGACCCCAAGAACAUCUCCUUGCCUUCCUGUUACUUUUCUGUAAUGUUUCUUUAAAACUAGCCUACACAAGGGCGCCAAAGCUGGAAUGUGUGUGGUCAUCUAAUUGAAUUAGAAAAAUACAGGCUGUGAAAAAAGUGGGUGCCUAUUACUUGUGAUCUGAUUGUGCAUUUGAAGAGUGGUGAGCACCUAGUGGAACUACUCUAGAUGCAGAUCUUUAAAAAAACCUCUCUUCUUAAAUGGUGUUAGUUUCUGAAGGUCUACUCAGAGCAACUGUCAUCUUUAAAGGAGGAGGAAAACCUGGCUGUUCUUGAGAGAGAGAUUUACGUCAAAUAAUGAGUAGCCUUUUGGAAACUUCAGAUACAAUAGUAAGGGUGGGUCUUGUUUUAGGAAGACUGGCGAUGUUUAACUGUUAGGCAUCAAAUCAGCAUUUCAGCUGUUGGCUCUGCCAGGGAGGCAGCAGGACGCCCACAGUGGGAACAUGCUCACACACCAUACUACUGUGGGUGCCUGUAUAAUUCGUUACCUCCACUAAAGACCUGUGCUCCUCUGAUGCUUCAGUGCCCCAAAGUUCAGGUACUUUCCAAAAGCCAUUUUCACCCUGGAGCUGAAAGAGAGAUUUGUUAGGUGGCAUCCCAUGUUCUGGCCAGUCGAGCUGUUUGACAUGCACCUGCUUUCUGAGAACAAAUCUCAGCAGUAAAAGGAGAAAACCUGAGGUUCUGAUGUGCUUUCCUUUUCUUUCUUGCUGAGCCAUGUAAGAGCUUUGCUGUGAACAUCAUGAGAGAGUUUCAGUCACCUGUGUGCAAGAGCAGCUAGUCAGGAUGGGUAAAAAGAGCAGGUAUCAUUUAAUUU